ACCCUAAUCUAAAUUAAAAUAUCAAAUCUCAAUCUUGAGAAUGGAAGACCUCCUCCCGUGCGGUGAAUCGAAGACCUCCAACGCCUGAGACAAACUGCUCCUUAGUGGCGAAACAACGACGGCGAGACGAGAGUGCACCACCUCAGACUAACUCCUCCUAAGCGCAGUGUGAACCCCUAAACCAUUUUCACUGUUUCAGUCGCUCCGCCUCGCGCCUCCUCUGCUCGCCGCUUCUCCGGUGUCUCUCCCUCUCCUCCAGUGGCCUGCUCUCUCUCCGCAGCUCGGCGCUCCUCCGGUCGUCUCCCCUCUCGCUCCGAGCCUCUCAAAUUGUGAGUCUCUCUCUACUCUCAGUUGUUCACAUCUCCGGUAGCUAUGGAGUUGUCACUUGUUCUCCUUUGGUGGCUUUGCAAUUAAAUCCUUUUAGGGGUGAAGAAUUUGAAGUGGCGGUUGGCUUAUGCAGUAUAAAAUGCAUCUUAUACAAACUCUUAACUUUUUGAUUCCACUCUUUAUCUUCCAUUCCCUUAUCAGUGGUCAGCUUUGCAAUUGUGAAAAUACGGUUGACCACAAAGCUCUGAAAGUUGGGGAGGAACUAUGGAGGGAAACACUGCCUUUUCAAAUGGGUUCUCGCCUUUAUCAGUUACAAGGACUUAAAUCUCAUACGUGGUAUGAAGUAAAGAUAUCAUACCCAGCUUCUAUACCAGCCAGCUUUUCCUUAGAACUGAAGAAGGGCUCAGCAAACUCACUACACACGAGUAGAAGAUUGCUCAACACAGAAAAGCUUAUUUUCAAGACAGAAAGCCUGAGUAAUCAGAAUGGAAUGAAUAUCUUGGUGACUGUGGAACCUGAGGGGUUUGUUGCUAAACCUAAUGUGCCUGAGAGAGAGUUUAUGCUUUUCAACAUAGUUUGUGAUGAACUUUUGUUGGGGAUUCCACACAAAGCUUGGUGGGUUGCAGCCAUGGUGCUACUCUGUCUAUGCUUGGCAUUCUUCAUCCCAUCGUUCCUUCCACCCUAUUUGCUGCCAAAGGAUCAAAGUCAUCUAUCAUGCAAUCAGAAUGCUUCCAAGGAUUCCUGAAAUUUUGCCUCAAGAAUCAUCGUCCACCGCCUUUUUUUUUCGGUUUUGUUAAUUAUUAAGGUAUAGAUCCAGUUUCUUAACCACAAGAUGUUUUGUUUGAACGCUAACACCCUUUGAAAUCAAUGAAGAUAAGUUGUGAAAGAGGUUCCAACAUUGGUUUUGCUCA